AUCGUCCCGUGUAGCGUUUAAGCGGUUUAAGAAUUUACUUCAAAAGAAGCAGUGUAGUUUUUUCUUAAAUUCCAAUGGCAGAUAAAAAGUCGGGACCUACCGGCCAAGGAGUCGGCUCUGGUGGAGGAGACAACAAGGAAAAACGACGGAAGGAAUCGAUUCUUGAUCUGAGCAAGUACCUAGAGAAAACGAUUAGAGUAAAAUUUGCCGGUGGUCGGGAAGCUGCGGGUGUGCUGAAAGGAUAUGAUCCCCUGUUGAAUCUUGUGCUGGAUAAUACUGUAGAGUUUCUACGGGACCCGGACGAUUACAAAUUGGCAGAGGAAACCAGACACCUGGGAUUGGUCGUGUGUCGAGGGACUUCGGUGGUACUGAUAUGCCCGCAAGACGGUAUGGAAUCGAUACAAAAUCCGUUCAUUACACAGGAAGGUUAAAAAAUGUUGAAAUUAUUUAUUCUGUUGAAGUGAACAAUGAAAUUUUAUAUUUCCAUUAUUUCCUAUUCGGAAAGGCCAUGAAUACUGAUAUGUUGAUUUGGUCGUGUGACAAUUACAAAUUGGUUGUUUAAA